AUGGAUGCGCCGCGUGAGAAUGAGGAGUUGAACGACCCCCAGCCUCAGCAGCAAGACCCGGCAGCUGCUCCUGGUUCUCCUCCUCCCUCUUUUCCUCCUCGCCCGCCCCAAUCUUCGACUCAAUCCUCAUCGACCCUCAGAGGUGCAAGCCAUGCUUUGCUAGCAGAUCUUCGCACCGACACUCCUAGCGCAACACCAACACGACCGACUCGCGCUGCCUCGUCUGCUGCACCGAGCGAGCAGAACAGCGUCGUCAACUCGGACCCUCCCUUUUCUCCCUGGAGCAUCAACUCAGACAGGCAGCUGGGCUAUCACUCUGCCGCUUCGGAUAUCUCUGGCGACCGGGUCUUCCCCAUAAGAUCUGUUAUCAGCCUCGAUCCCACCACCAGUAAGGUUGCCGGUGACGAUUACUUCCCUGUCAUGCCCGAGGGCGAUGGCCGGAACAUUCCUGUCCAGCUCCCAGGUGCUUCCCGAACUGACAAGGGACCAGAUCUGAGACGCUCAGAUACUGUUCCAGCUUCCUACCACUCCCGAUCUCAGAAUGAACGCCUCGCCGCCAUCAUGCGCAGGAAGAACACCCUCAGCGGGCCAAUGUCAAGCAUACAGCUGGAUGCUGCGCGCCAUGGCAGCAGCACAGUGCCGCUACAACUCGACAUAUCCGCUUCAGACCACGAAACGGAGGAGUCGGGCCCAUUGGGACACACCGCACACGGUCCAACUGAGGAAGAACCUGAAAUGCCCUCAGGCGCAUCUGCUGGCCAGGCGAGUACCGAUGUGCAUCAUGUAACCACACGCUUUACCCACGUGGUAACCGAUGAAGGCCACGCCGUCAUCACUGGCCGAGACGGUGUUCUCCAACGAUGUGAAGACGAACCGAUUCACACGCCCGGUGCUGUUCAAACAUUCGGUGUCCUUGUUGCGCUGCGAGAGGAGAGUGACGGAUGUUUCAUUGCCCGAUAUGUCAGCGAGAACGCCGAGAGAAUAUUGGGCUACACCCCCUGGCAACUGUUCCGACUCAAGAACUUCCUAGACAUUUUGACGGAGGAGCAGCAGGAUAAUCUUCUGGACCACAUCGAUUUCAUCCGCGACGAGGAUGCCGACCCAGCCAUCAAUGGCCCCGAAGUGUUUAGCUUGUCGAUUCGGCCUCCCAAACGCAAGAGCAUGAAGCUUUGGUGCGCUAUUCAUAUCAACCCAGCGCACCCCGAUUUGAUCAUCUGCGAGUUCGAAAUGGACAACGACGUCGAAUACCCCCUCCGACCCGCCGACGAGAUGACACCGGAUACUCCCCAUGAUACGCUACAGUCGAACCCUACCUUGGAGGAAAUCGAGGACAGCACAGAAGUCCUCAGCAAACCCCUCAGGAUCCUAAGAAGCGCACGAAAGAGGAGGGGCGAGCAGGGCGCCAUGCAGGUUUUCGACAUCAUGUCUCAGGUUCAAGAGCAGCUCUCAUCGGCCCCCAACCUAGAGGCUUUCCUCAAGAUUCUGGUCGGCAUUGUCAAGGAACUGACAGGAUUCCAUCGUGUCAUGAUAUACCAAUUCGAUUCCUCCUUCAACGGCAAGGUUGUGACUGAGCUUGUUGACACCUCCAUGACAAGAGACCUCUACAAAGGCCUUCACUUUCCUGCGUCCGACAUCCCACGUCAAGCUCGUGAUCUCUACAAGCUCAACAAGGUUCGAUUACUCUAUGAUCGAGAUCAAGACACGUCCCGAAUCGUCUGCCGCACCAAGGAAGAUCUGGAUGUACCCUUAGAUCUGAGCCACUCAUACCUCCGAGCCAUGUCCCCAAUUCACUUGAAGUACCUCAAGAACAUGGCUGUCCGGUCAUCAAUGUCGAUAUCUAUCAACGCCUUUAACGAGCUAUGGGGUCUCAUCUCAUGCCAUUCGUAUGGGAAGCAGGGUAUGCGGGUAUCUUUUCCAAUUCGGAAGAUGUGCCGUUUGGUCGGAGACACUGCAUCUCGCAACAUCGAACGACUGUCAUAUGCUUCACGACUGCAAGCCCGAAAGCUAAUCAACACUGCUCCCACCGACAAGAAUCCUUCAGGCUACAUCAUCGCGUCAUCAGAAGAUUUACUCAAGCUCUUUGAUGCAGACUUUGGGUUACUAUCCAUUAAAGGGGAGACAAAAAUCAUGGGCAUCAUUGAGCAGAGUCAGGAAGCUCUCGCCAUGCUGGAAUAUCUCCGUAUGCGCAAGCUCACAUCUGUGGUGGCGUCGCAGGAUGUCAAAGAAGAUUUUCCCGACCUACGAUAUCCGCCUGGUUUCCAGAUUGUCGCAGGUCUGCUGUACGUCCCUUUGAGUGUCGGCGGCAGUGACUUCAUCGUAUUCUUCCGCAAGGGACAGAUUAAGGAGGUGAAAUGGGCUGGCAAUCCCUACGAAAAGAUCGUCCGUGAGGGUACUGCCGACUAUCUUGAGCCGAGAACAAGCUUCAAGACAUGGCAUGAGACAGUGGUGGGCAAGUGCAGAGAGUGGAAUGAGGAGCAAGUCGAGACGGCCGCUGUGCUGUGUCUCGUGUACGGAAAAUUUAUCGAGGUCUGGCGACAGAAGGAGGCUGCCCUUCAGAACAGCAAGCUCACCCGCUUGCUGCUCGCUAACUCUGCUCACGAGGUCCGAACACCACUGAAUGCUAUUAUCAACUAUCUCGAGAUCGCACUUGAGGGUACGCUCGACCAGGAAACCCGCGAAAACCUCGCGAGAUCUCAUUCAGCUUCAAAGUCUCUGAUCUACGUGAUCAAUGACCUGCUUGAUUUGACCAAGACAGAGGAGGGGCAGAGUCUUGUCAAGGAUGAGGUGUUUGAUCUGGCCAGUUGUAUUCGGGAAGCAACUGGUCCGUUCCUGGUUGACUCCAAGCGAAAGGGGAUUCAUUACACGGUCGUGCAGCAUCCAGGGCUGCCGCAGUUCGUACACGGAGAUGAACGACGAAUCCGACAAGCCAUUUCCAACGUGACAGCAAAUGCAGUCGCACACACUGAUGACGGACAUGUCAAGGUUGAGGUGUUUGUGUCAGAGGUCAAAGAUCAGCGUGCUGUGGUGGAUUUCGUCGUGGAGGAUUCAGGCAUCGGCAUGAGCGCAGCUCAGCUCGAUACCCUUUUCCGUGACUUGGAACAAGUGAGCACGGAGGAGCUGCCUAGACAACCCUCGCAGUUGGCCGACAUGCCACGGGAGAUGCGUACCCUUGGCCUUGGACUUGCCGUCGUGGCCCGCACCGUUCGAAACAUGGACGGCCAACUUCGUCUCAAGUCAGAAAUUGGCCAAGGCUCGAGAUUUGUGGUCCAGCUUCCUUUCCUUCUGGCUGAGGAGUCGCCAAGUUCAGGAGGCGAGAAUGAACCAACUGUCGAAACGGCGGCAUCAUCUAACCCAGUGACCUCUGCCCCCGCUUCCUUGACGGUGGCACCAGAGGGCGAGAUAAUGCUUGUUGACCGAGCAAGUACAACAGGACCUAUUGAUAGCGAUUUCGCUGGCGAUCGAGGAAGUAUGGGAAGUCGACAGAGUCGAGGCAGCCAUACCAGCCACGGGAGCCAGCAAAGCGAUGCUGAUCGCUUGAUUGACGCCAUCCAAACGCCAUUAUCCCUUAACGAAAAAGAAGGGGGAGAGUUUCCUCUCAUAGGCAGCGUACGCUCAGGGGGUUCUGCCAGACCCGGAUCUCGCGGGGCUCUUAGUGCCAGUGCUCGUUCUUCCAGCCCAUCUCGUCAAGAACCUCAGAGCCCAGUUGCAGUCAGUGCUCCAGGGACACAGCCUGGCCGAGCAGAAGUCCAAGAUACCAAGACUCCGAUCCGGGCUGUUAAGAUACCUGAUGAGUAUACCGAUAUGCCUCAAAGGCCACAAGGUGGUGAGCAGUCUGGCGUGCUUUUCGAAAUCAAGGGGGAUGAUCGCGGCACCGCAAAGGCUGGCACAGAGAGUGUGACCAGCGGAGGAACCCACGCGACCGAUACUCAGCAUCUCCAAGUUCUCGUUGCGGAAGACGACCCAAUCAACAUGAAAAUCUUGAGAAAGAGGUUGGAGAGAUUGGGGCACGGCGUGCAUCACACUGUCAACGGCGAGGAUUGUGCCACAGUCUAUCGUGAAAGGUCAACCGAGUUCGACGUUGUCUUGAUGGACAUGCAGAUGCCCAUCGUAGACGGCCUCACGAGUACAAAGAUGAUUCGGUCGAUAGAAGCAUCGGCAGAUCAUCGCGGCCACUCAGUGCUCUCGCUCACCAACCAUCGUAUCUCCAUCUUUGCCGUCUCAGCGUCUCUUGUCGAGCGUGAGAAGCAAACCUACAUAGAUGCUGGAUUCGAUGGAUGGAUUCUCAAGCCCAUCGAUUUCAAGCGACUCAACAUUCUGCUCGCAGGCAUUACUGAUGUCGACGUUCGAAACACAUGCUUAUACGAGCCAGGCCAGUGGGAGCGUGGAGGCUGGUUUGGGUCCAGGGCUGAAGUCAUGUCAGACUCUCAAGAUGAGACUACACCAAAGGCUGAGAAUGCGGCCAAAGAGCUCGGCGUCAGCACAUCCUCUGCCGAAUGUGCCAAGGGCGACAUCGAGGCCGCUGCUCCCAGCAGUUGA